CGUUAACCUGGGAUUUGAACCCUGAUUUGUUUCCGGGAACAUACAGCCAAUGAGAACCCAGCUAAAUACCCCACGAAGUUUUACUACCCUUUUCGGAAAUCCCCGCUAUAUUGACUAUGUCACUGCUCCUCCAUCGUCAUGUCGGUUGACAGGACAGUUACUAAGGGACUCUUGCCACAACAAUUAUAAAUAUCCUCCUUCGCCAUGUCUUUUUGCAUCUCAAUCAUUUCUUCAAUCUUUCUCCCACAAGUCACUUGAACACUUCCGAAACAAUGUCCACCAGAACAGCCCAAGUGGAAGAAUACGGCUGGGGAGCUGUACCCAUCAACCCCAAGGAGUUUGCCCCUAGCAAGGCCCCCAAACCCCAUCUCGUCAAGGACACCCCCCUUCCUGAAACUCAAGUCGCCAAAGCAGCCCUGGAGUACGCGAAAGCAGAACUCCCUGCGCAUACCUUCAAUCACAGCAUGCGCGUUUUCUACUACGGCCUCGCAAUCGCCAGACAGCACUUCCCCAGCUGGAAAUUCAGCGACGAGACCUGGCUCCUAACCUGUCUGUUCCACGACAUCGGGACCAUUGACAAGUACACCCGGGACGUGUUCAUGUCCUUUGAUAUAUACGGCGGUGUUGUGGCCCUGAACGUCCUCAAGGAACAGGGUGCUCCAUCGCCGCAGGCUGAGAGCGUGGCGGAGGCUGUCAUGCGGCAUCAGGAUUCGGUGAGGGUUGGGGCGAUUCAUACGGUUGGGUUGUUAAUUCAGUUGGCUACGCAGUUUGAUAACAUCGGUGCUCAUAAGGAGUAUGUCCAUACCGACACCGUGAAGGAUGUCACUGGCCAUUAUCCGCGCCGCCAGUGGUCCAAGUGCUUCUCGAGUAAGUUGAGGGAGGAGAUUGGGCUGAAGCCUUGGUGCCAUACUACUGCUGAGGGGGAGAGCUUUCCGCGUGACAUUGAGCACAAUGCUCUGAUGGAGCCGUAUGAUGGACUGUUUUAG